UCUCUUUCUUCCUCCUUCAAAUUUCAACUUUCUCUCUUUCAACGACAUCAAUGGCGAAUUCAGAGUCCUCACAAGUAAACGAAGAAGAAGACAACAACCAAAGAAUCUCAACACUCCAUCACCAAACGAUGCCUUCCGAGUUAACUCAAGACGAAUUCACCUCACUCUCCCAAUCAAUCGCCGAGUUCCACACAUACCAACUCGGUCACGGCCGUUGCUCAUCUCUCUUAGCUCAACGAAUCCACGCGCCGCCGGAAACAGUCUGGUCCGUCGUGAGAAGAUUCGACAGACCACAGAUUUACAAACACUUCAUCAAAAGCUGUUACGUCAACGAAGGUUUCGAGAUGCGAGUGGGAUGCACGCGCGACGUGAACGUGAUAAGUGGAUUACCGGCGAAUACAUCGAGAGAGAGAUUAGAUCUGUUGGACGAUGAUCGGAGAGUGACUGGGUUUAGUAUCACCGGUGGUGAACAUAGGCUGAGGAAUUAUAAAUCGGUGACGACGGUUCAUAGAUUUGAGAAAGAAGAUCGGAUCUGGACCGUUGUUUUGGAAUCGUACGUUGUUGAUGUACCGGAAGGUAAUUCGGAGGAAGAUACGAGAUUGUUUGCAGAUACGGUUAUUAGAUUGAAUCUUCAGAAACUUGCGUCGAUCACUGAAGCUAUGAAUCGGAACAACAACUAUAACGCCGGUGACGGAGGAAGAAACUCUUCUUCUUCUCAGGUGAAGUAAAAAGAAAAAAACAGUUGGGGG